GAUCUCACCAGCUGAUAAUCCCACAAACAAAACAUAACCUGUAACAACAGGAUGUUGUGCUACCAGUGCAGAUUAUAAAAAAAAUAUUAAAUCACAAAUGCGAUUAUGUUUGGGGCAUUAAAAAAUAAAUUCCAAACCGUACAGGAUGGCAUAUCUGCGAGUUUACGGGGAUUCUCAAUAUCGGAAAGUCCGAAAACUAAAAAAUCUCUGCGUGCUGGAAAAGUAAAUUAUGGAGCUGGAGCUGAUAUUCUGCAUCACUUCCAGCUCCAGUGGAAUGAAUUGCAUGAACUGGCAGAAGAGAAUGCGACGAAGGCACGCGAAGUUGACAUUUUAAUCGGUGGCAUUUAUGAGAGACUCGACAGACAAUGGAGUAGUAUCAAUAUUUUGAAUGCAACACUGGCAGCGAUACCAAAAAUUAAUAAUGACAUUCAGAAUUUGAUGGAUCAGAUAGGAUCGUUGGAGGAGGCGUUUGAGGAAGUUGAAGCUGCUCUGUACAGACUAGAGGACUUGAAUGACACGUUGGAACUCCAGAAUAAACAGCUGGACCACAGGUUUCAAUUGGCUCUGUACAAGGAGAAGAAGUUGGCAGAAUUGGAUUCUGUCAGAGCUGAACUAGCUAGAGAGCAUAAAGAGAGGGUCUUACAACAAGAACUGAAGCAGCAGAAGACCCUAAAGGAGAGACAAGAGACAUUCGACGAGGUCUUCAGAGGAGAAUUAGAGAAUUAUAAAGUUACUGGCUCCGUACCUAAAGUAGCAUCACCUCAUAAGGGUCCAACCCUCGAAGAGAUCGUCCUGGAGGACGAUUCAACUGAUUUCGAUGAUUUUUUGGAGAGCUAAACGCCUAAGAGUUCCUUUAUAUUUAUCAUUGUGAUCAUUGAAUUCAUCUACUUGCUCUGAAGAUCCUUUCGUACUAGAUUGUUUAGAAUUUGUAUAAGGGCAAUGAUUUUUUCCGCUAUUUUUCGUGAAGAUAUUUGUAUAGAUUUAAUAACAAUAUAUUUAAUUACUACAUAUAUAUAA